UUUAUUAACAAUCUUAUAACUGUCAUGAUGAAGUUAAUAACAAUUAUUUUUGGAAGUUUUGUGUCAUUGGUAUUUAUAUCAGAAUGUCAUGGUCUCAAUUUUUUAAAAGAAAGUGUAACACUAACUGUUCCACAAGGCACACUAUUCGGCGAAAAACUUCUGGAUUUUCAUAAUGAAACAUUCUAUGGUUUUAAAGGAAUACCGUUUGCUAAAUCACCUACCGGAGCUUUACGUUUUAAAGCGCCAGAAACAGCAGAACCAUGGACUGGAAUUUAUGAUGCUACCCAAGUGCGGCCAAUUUGUCCACAAUUGGCGAAUACAAAUCUGGUUCAAGAUGAAAAUUGUUUAUUUUUAAAUAUUUAUACUAAAAUGGCAAACAAGUUAAAACCAGUUAUGGUAUGGAUUUUUGGUGGUGGAUUGCAAAAUGGUCAUAUAUUUAAUCCAUCACUAGGUCCACAAUUUUUAAUAAGUGAAGAUAUUGUCUUAGUGUACGUUUCACACCGUUUAAGUAUUUUUGGAUUUUUGAGUAUUGACGAUGAUCCUUCAUUUGGUAUUACUGGUAAUGCUGGUUUUAAAGAUGUGAUAAUGGCAUUAAAAUGGGUGCAAAAAAAUAUUGAAUAUUUUGGCGGUGAUCCACAACAAGUGACAGUUUUUGGGGAAAGUUCAGGAGCGGCUAUUGCCCAUUUAUUAUAUUUUUCGCCAAUGGCGAAAGGAUUAUUUCAUAAAAUGAUAGCGGAGAGUGGCGUUGCAACCAAUCCUUUUAUGACAACAAAAAAUAAAUAUCCGCAAUUAGCUCAAGUAUUAAAUUGUAAUUUAAGCAACUUAGCAGAAACUGUUGACUGCAUUAAUAGAACGACAACCAAUGACAUGUUAAGGGCUUUAAAAACCUUACAAGAUACAACUGAGUUUAGAACUGGAGAAACGUCAAUUUUCAGUUCAUUAACAAUCGAAAAUAAAAACAUUGAGAACAGUUUCAUAACAGAAUAUCCUGAUGAAACUAUUGCAAGAGGAACAUUUAAUGAUGUGCCAAUAAUUAUGGGAUUAAAUUCGGAUGAAGGAGCAUUAUUCUUUCAUAUACAUCCAAUUAAACCAAAUUUUACAGACUACGAAUCAUUAAUACCAAAAGAUAUCGUGGUCAUUAAAGGGAGUAAUGAGUCUGUAAUGCUCGGCAACAAAAUCAAAGAAUUUUAUUAUGGAGAUCGUAUUCCAUCGUAUGAUCUAGUUGAUCCAUUUAUUGAUUAUGUAACCGAUACAAAAUAUUUACAAAAAGCUGGCCAUUUUGCUAAGCUACAUGCAAGUGCUGGUGAAUCAAAAAUAUUUUUCUAUCAUUUUAAUUAUGCAACAGCAUUAAAUGGAAAACAUAAUUUAAACACAACCAGGCAUGUAGUGACACAUGGAGAUGAAUUGAAUUACUUAUUUUAUGACUCAAACAAAUCAUCAAAUUAUUUGAAUCCUACCUCAAAUGAAUACAUUGGUAUUGAACGAAUGGUCAAAUUAUGGACAACAUUUGCGAAAUCGAAAAAUGGUGAUCCGAAUUUGGAAGAUAUUGAUCCACUACUGACUACAAAAUGGUUACCAAUGGAUAAGGAUAAAUUUAAUUAUUUACUUAUUCAGCCGAAUUUAGAAAUGCAUGUAGAUCCCUUAAGUAAACGUUUACAGUUUUGGCAGGAUAUUUAUAGUUCAUAUAAUAUAACUACAAUUUGAAAUUGA